ACAAAGACUUUUAAAUUUUAACGAACUUUUUAAAUGUUCAGUAUUUUAUUCGCUUUAAGAAUUGUGUGCCUAAAGAAUUUAGUGUUUUUUAGUGUGUCAUUGUAAUUCUUAAUAUACAUAUAUUGAUGCUCUUUCUACAAUAAUAAAGUUUAAAUUGGAAAUAAAAUAAUUUAAUUAUUUGUAAUAUGCAGUAAUGUUUUAUAAGUGUGCGAGUUAAUUUAUAUUUUAAAUUUUAUUUAUUCAUUAUUUCAUAUUUUUAAAUUAAGUGAAUAUUUAAAUUUUGAAUUAACAUCAUUAUGUCUCAUUUAAAAUAUAUGAAAGAAAUAAAUAAUUUAACUCGCAUGGAUGAAACUAUUAAGGGACCUCUUCCACGCUGGCAAAAAAAAUGUUUAGAAACAUCAAAUUCCAGUGUCAACAUUAAUUCAUCGCGAAAAAUUUCAAAUGGAUCAUUUACAAAUAGUACUACAGGAAAAACACCAACAAAAAAGAAUGAUAAUCGAACGAAAAAGACACCUUCUAAAACUUCUAAAAAAUCUCCAAGUCGUACUUCUACACCAGCUAAAACACCUAGUGGUGGUGAUAGAUUUAUUCCAUCAAGAUCAACUACUAAUUUUGAUCUUGGUUAUUAUAAGAUUCAACAACAAACAAAUGCAGAAAAAGAUGAAGAAAAAUUAGAUAAUACAAGUCCUUCCAAAAGGGAAAUGCAACGACUUAUGGGAGAAAAUUUGCAUGGUGGUGAUAUUAAUCAAAUGAGAGUUUUAUCUUAUCAAAAUAAAGCACCAGCUCCUCCAGAAGGUUAUCAAAAUCCAUUGCGUGUUGUGUAUAGUCAAAGUAAAACACCAGCAAGCAUAAAAACUUCUACAAGAUAUAUACCACAAAAUCCAGAUAGAAUAUUGGAUGCUCCAGAAAUUGUUGAUGAUUAUUAUUUGAAUUUGAUUGAUUGGUCAGAAAGUAAUAUUUUAGCUGUAGCAUUAGGUGCUAAUGUAUAUUUAUGGAAUGCUGCAACAGGAACUAUAGAACAAUUACUUGAAUUAAAUGGUAAUGAUUAUGUUUGCUCUGUUGCAUGGAUUCAAGAAGGUCCAUAUUUAGCUGUAGGCACUACAAUAGGAAAUACAGAACUAUGGGAUUGUAGUCAAACAAAAAGAAUACGUGUAAUGAAUGGACAUGCAGCCAGAGUUGGUUCUCUUUCUUGGAAUUCACAUAUUUUAACAAGUGGUUGCAGAGCAGGACAAAUAGUGCAUCAUGAUGUUAGACAAAGAGACCAUUUAAUAUCAACAAUUAAUGCACAUGUUCAAGAAGUAUGUGGUUUAAAAUGGUCACCUGAUGGAAAGUAUUUAGCAAGUGGUGGUAAUGAUAAUAUGCUUCAAAUAUGGCCAUCAGUGUCUGUACAAAGUCAUACAAACACACAACCAAUUUAUUCAUUAAAUCAACAUCAGGCUGCUGUAAAAGCUCUUGCAUGGUGUCCAUGGCAAAGUAGUAUUCUUGCUAGUGGAGGUGGUACUGCUGACAGAACAAUUCGAUUUUGGAAUUGUAACACAGGUGUAUGUUUAAAUAUGGUAGAUACCAAAUCACAAGUGUGUUCUUUGCUUUGGUCUACAACAUAUAAAGAAAUUGUAUCAGGCCAUGGAUAUGCACAAAAUCAAUUAAUAAUUUGGAAAUAUCCUGCAAUGACGAAAGUUGCAGAACUUACAGGCCAUUCUAGUCGUGUUUUACACUUAGCGAUGUCUCCAGAUGGUACUACAAUUCUUAGUGCAGGAGCUGAUGAAACUUUAAGAUUGUGGAAAUGUUUUCAACCUGAUCCAUAUAAAAAGAAAGAUACAAAUGAAAUAAAAGCUGUUGCUUCUAGACUUAAACAAUCAAUUCGAUAAUGUUCUUAUAUUAAUUUAUAUUUAUUUUUUAAUUGAAUAAUAAGUGUGACUAAUGAUUUGUAUUUUACUAGAUGUGGAAACUUGUAAUACAAUUUCUAGUAUCAUUAUUUGUUUAUCAAUGUAUUUAAAAUAAAUUUGAAAUACUUGGUACGUGGAA